AUGCCUCUGGACGUGGUCAUAGCCCCGGCUGAGGACUGUUUCUGGCCUGUCCUGCAGGAGUCAGACAGGAGGCUGAAGAUCAGAGUCCGCAGGACCAAGGAGGGGAGGGAGCUACGAGGUGUGUACUGACCCAGGCUGGGGGGGGGGGGGUGUCAAUAGGAUAGAAAGAGAUGACUGAGAAAGAGAGAGAGAGAGCUCAGCGCUGCAGUACACUGUAAAACAUUUCCUGUAAAAUUUACAAUAAGUUACUGGCAGCAAUUGGCCAGUAAGUUACUGUAAUUUAUUUUACAGUACAGCUACUGUAAUCCAUUUUACAGUACCAACAAUUUGAUUAUAAUCUAAUUUACAGUAUUCACGGUAACUUGAUGCCAGAGCAGAGCCGCUACACCUCUGACCUUUUUCCUACAUACGUUUAAUUGUUAGGGAACUACUGCCAAAUAACACUUACAUUGGUACAGGACUCUAACUAACGGGUGCAACAAAUAUAUCCUCUUACAAGGCAAGCCUUAAAAUAUGUUAAUGAGCCAGCAAUUCUUUCUCCUCCCACAAUAUUUCUCAACAAUGCACCCUAAUUUACAGUAUGCUGCAGUAAAUAUAUAUAGCAAAACAGUACUUUAUUGUUGAAUUGUUCAAAAAUAAAAUCAGCAACUGCUAAUAGUGAAUAUUUAAUUAGAUAUUACAUUAUACCAACUGAUAUUUGGUGUUGUACAUCACUUUCACUUUAGGCCUUAACAAAGGCUUCUAAACUGACAGUGACUACAGGACAAAACAGAUCAAAGGGACAUGGCUAGCCACUCAACCAUCAAAGGCUUGCGACUUGCUCCCAUUCUGAUCUGUUCCCUAUAUAAGUUUAAUUGGUAGGGAAAUAAAACCACAUAUCACUUAAAUUGGUACAGUACUCUCACUAACAUGCGCAACAAAAAUAGCCAAUUACAAGACAUGCCUAAAAAUAUGUUAAUGAGUGAGAAACAACAAUACCAUGCACUAGAGUUCAAAAGGUUUUUGGCACUCCAAAAUUGCAGUAUGAUACUGUAUUCUGAAUUACAGUAAAUCACUGGCAGUAAUUGGCCAGUAAGUUACUGUAGAGUUUCAGGACAUGGUAUUUAGAAUUCUUAAAAUACAGUAUAUUACUGUAUUCUGCAGGGUACAGCAUUGUCACUCACGGGUGCAAUAAAUAAAGCCUCUUACAAGGCACGGUUAAAAAUAUGUUAAUGACCCAUAGACUCUUUCCCCGCCCACAAAAUUUUCCCACAAUGCACAAUAAUAAAUACUGUAAAACACAUGUACAGUAUUUUACUGUACGUUCUACAGUAAGCUACUGUAUUCAGUUUAUACAGUAUCAUACUGUUGAUUAAUAGAGUAAGUUACUGAUAAAAUUACAAAAACAGCUAACAGUGUAAGACAGUGCUCACGCUCUCCGCCUGUGGUCAUUGACAUGUAAAACGAUCACAAAGGCCAAUUUCUCUUGCACUCUGUCGCUCUCUCUCUCUCUGGUUCUCCCACUCUAUUUAUUUUCUCUCUUUCUCUCUCUUCUGCAUCGGCAGUGUGUGAAGCCAGGUGUUCUAUGUUACACCUUUCACACAGCAGAAGACAAUGGAGAGGUGUCACUAUGCAUGUGUUCCAUUUUCUAAAUGUGUGCACUGAUAUACUGUACAGUUGGUGUAUUUCCAACAUAAAGUGUGUGUGUGUGUGUCUAGCUAUGUAUACACAGCAAAUUAUCCAGUGUUAAAUCAACACUGACAGUGUUGAUGUUAUUACACUUUGUCAGUGUUAGGGAAUUAACACUUAUUGUUACACAAUAACACCUCAUAUAGUAUUUUUAACCAUUACACAAUGAUAUCUAUAUCGCUUGACAAGGUCAAUCAGUGUUGGGUUUGGGACAUUACAAUAAUAUAAUAAUAAUGUCCUCAUUGCAACAUGCUCUUACAUAAGUAUUUUCAAAGAAUUCAGAACUGGUAGCAGAAAUGCUAAAACAUUAGUCACAUAACCAUAAACCACUUAAACUGGUACAACACUUCAACUCAUGGGUGGCCAAAAAUAAAAUGUUGAAAGCCACGCCCACACCAAGCCACGCCUCCAAUAUAAUUUCCCACUGUGCCUUGCCUUUUCGAGUAAAUUUUGAGUUACUACCCAUGACUGUGUUAGUGACAGAGACAUGGUUGUUUUAUUUGUUCAUUUUCAGUCCUGUGGAAGAACGCUACCAUUAAAAUUCAACUGUUUAUAACAAUACCUUAAAUAUAUCUUAAGGCCUUACUUUGAUGGCCAAGUUUAACCGUAACACAGUGAUGUUAAGAACCUACUGGUUUACGGGUCACCAUCAGGCCUUCAAGUCACAUUAUGCUGGCUUGCAAAGUGAUGUGUGGUUCCUAUUGGAAUCCAGUCAGAGUUAGGAUAUCCAACAGUUGGAAUUUGUGUUCACCUGCAUCCAAAAUGACUGUCAGGAUUAGGGAAAAUAAUGAUGGAGACUACCUAAACCAUUUAAACUGGAAAAACAAUUUCAGUAAUGGGUGCAAUAAAUCUAACUAACUGAUUGGAUUAGUUUAGAAAAAUGUAUGUUAUUUAUCUUUGUGUAGAAUAAGAUUAAUCAGUCAAACAAUGAACAUACAAAAACCCAGAUAUUAAAAACAAUCCUAAAAAGUCUAGCUGCAGUAGAGCAUGCUGGGAAAUAUGAUAAUGAUGGGCGUGGUUUUGAUGGGAAGGUUUAACACUCCACAGAGUAAAAGUGACACAAUCACACGCUCACACUCAGCGCUGGUUAUUAACACCAAUACUGGGGUUCUUUUACACCACUGAGUGUUUCACUCUUAGAGAGCUAAUUUAACUCCUGAAACAACACUAUAAAUAUUACACUUGAAAAUCAACACUAGGUAACACUGGCCAAUGUGUAUAGAUGUGCUGUAGAGUGCGUAUACUGCAUCAGAGUAUGGUAUGCAUGUGUUUCAGUGCAGUGAGCUGGUUCAGUGCAGUUAGCCCAACACCUGGUCCUGUUCACACUGCACUUUGCGUGCUCGUAUGCGUGUGUUCACACCACAGCUUCAAGGCAGAUUAGCCCAGAGAGAGACAAAAUCACACGUUUGUCGUCAUCUGUUGAGAAUAGAGGUGUUAUUAGUGUCAUAGUGGUUAUUUUUAGAUUAGAUCAGGAGGUUAGCUGCCUAGCGGCUACAGACCAGCCUCACUACUUACACAAUUCAGUUUUUAGCUGCCAUGUAUACUGAAAUAAAACUCAACUCAACUAAAAAAUAUCUGUUAUUCACAUGCUAACGCUACCAUAAUAACAUAUGGAUCUCUGUUAGCCACAUGCUAACGCUACCAUACUGACAUAUCCUCCCGAGUGGCGCAGUGGUCUAAGGCGCAGUGGUCCUGGUUCGAAUCCAGGCUCUGCUGUAGCCGGCCGCAGCCGGGAGACCAAUGGGGCGGCGCACAAUUGGCCCAGCGUCGUCCAGGGUAGGGGAGGGAAUGGCAGGCAGGGAGGUAGCUCAGUUGAUAGAGCAUGGCGUUUGCAACGCCAGGGUUGUGGGUUCGUUUCCCACGGGGGGCCAGUAUGAAAAUAAUAAUGUAUGCACUAACUGUAAGUCGCUCUGGAUAAGAGUGUCUGCUAAAUGACGUAAAUGUAAAUGUAGAUCUCUGUUAGCCACAUGCUAAAGCUACCAUAACAUAAGCAUAGCACAAACAGAUACUGGUUGCCUUUCAAGCCUCUAUAUUGCAAUUGUGUUGUUCUUUGUGACAUGCUGAUCUAGUGGCUAUCCUCAGGCCCCCUGCUGCUGUAGCAGACUCUUUGUGGAGCAGAGUGGAGUGGGGCAUGUGUGCAAUGAUGUCAUAGCGGUGGGGGAGACACAUUGAAAUGCUAAUGUCCCCUACAGAGCACAGGGGACAGCUGGAGGGGCACAGAGGAUGGUGUCAUGUCUCUCCCAUAUGAACGAUAGAAGAGAGGGAUGGAGGGAGGGCAGUCAUUCAGGCAAAUCAAUGCCCCCAGGAUGGAGAAGGGAGGGGGAGUGUGUGUGUGUGUGUGUGCGUGUGUGGUGUGUGUGCGUUGCAUGUGUGUGUUCCCCUCCAUUAAGGCAUAAUGCAGCUGAAAGCCUUUCACACACACACACACACAAACACACAAACACAAACACAAACACACACACACACAAACACACAGAGAGGGGUCUGGGAUUGAGGGCCAGUCAAUAGUACCAAUAGCGUAAUGUAACAGAGAGGCUCUCUCUCUCUUUCUCCCUCUCUGUUCAGUCAAUAGCUCAGUGAUUUCAGGCCAUACAAACAGACAUCAUAUCAUAACUCACCAAUUCACCAGAAGACAGACUGUUUGUAGUAACGGAGGAUGUGAUUUGUGUUGGUGAAAAGGCAUUUGUGCUGCUUUCCAAAUUAUGGCAACACACAAGCCAUGUGUUUUCUGUGUUGAAAAGUUAUCCUUUGUCCCCAUGAACUUGCUACAAGCUUUCCAUCUCUUUCUACAGUACAUCGAUAUAUGUUGAUAUACACUUAUAAACAUGUAUUUCUCUAUGAAAUUCAUUCAUAUGUGGAGCAUCUUUAGAUUGUAUUGAUUUGUGUACAUUACCCUACUUCUCCCCAUUGAGUGAUUUGUGUACAUUACCCUACUUCUCCCCAUUGAGUGAUUUGUGUACAUUACCCUACUUCUCCCCAUUGAGUGAUUUGUGUACAUUACCCUACUUCUCCCCAUUGAGUGAUUUGUGUACAUUACCAUACUUCUCCCCAUUGAGUGAUUUGUGUACAUUACCCUACUUCUCCCCAUUGAGUAAUUUGUGUACAUUACCAUACUUCUCCCCAUUGAGUGAUUUGUGUACAUUACUCUACUUCUCCCCAUUGAGUGAUUUGUGUACAUUACCCUACUUCUCCCCAUUGAGUGAUUUGUGUACAUUACCCUACUUCUCCCCAUUGAGUGAUGUGUGUUCAUUACCCUACUUGAGUGCCCUAUGGAGAGAGAGAGAGAGAGAGAGAAUUCAGUAAAUGAGGAGAGAAAAAAAUGCAUUAUAUAAGCAGCGGAGUGUUGGGACAGUGGAGAUGGGAUGUGGGAAGGGGAAAUAGGAAGUCCGCGCUGGCUGGUGGGCCCAUUAUGACACCCUCUUUCCAGUGAGUUGGCUACCAUGCAUAGACUGAAAGGUGGAUGGCUACUCAACAGCCAGGGUCAGUUUGGCUAUUCAGUUCAUAAUGGUGAUGGUGAGACUGUGGGGAAUGGGCAAAUGGUCCUAGAACAGUUGUUUUGAAACAGAACAGGCUUUUUUCAGUUUGAGCUGCACUUGGUUGACCCAACUGCAGGGAUUGGGUCACUUAGUUGGGUUGUUUUCUUUAAAAACUACUGGGUUAUUGAUACUGGGUGCUGGGCUAUAGACAGGUUGGUUGUUUAGCAACAAAACCAGAGUGUGCGCAACUAGGGGGCAAAACAGACGGGGUUGGCUUAGAUUAUUGACCACAUGCAAGCUAUAUUUAGUCUCCAAUGUUUAUUGAAAACAUAAAUACAUUUGCACAAUGAGCACUUGUUGUCUCUCACAUACAGUGAAGGAAAAAAAAAGGUAUUUGAUCCCCUGCUGAUUUUGUACAUUUGCCCACUGACAAAGAAAUUAUCAGUCUAUCAUUUUAAUGGUAGGUUUAUUUGAACAGUGAGAGACAGAAUAACAACAAAAAAAUCCAGAAAAACGCAUGUCAAAAAUGUUAUAAAUUGAUUAGCAUUUUAAUGAGGGAAAUAAGUAUUUGACCCCCUCUCAAUCAGAAAGAUUUCUGGCUCCCAGGUGUCUUUUUAUACAGGUAACGAGCUGAGAUUAGGAGCACACUCUUAAAGGGAGUGCUCCUAAUCUCAGUUUGUUACUUGUAUAAAAGACAGCUGUCCACAGAAGCAAUCAAUCAAUCAGAUUCCAAACUCUCCACCAUGGCCAAGACCAAAGAGCUCUCCAAGGAUGUCAGGUACAAGAUUGUAGACCUACACAAGGCUGGAAUGGGCUACAAGAACAUCGCCAAGCAGCUUGGUGAGAAGGUGACAACAGUUGGUGCGAUUAUUCGCAAAUGGAAAAAACACAAAAUAACUGUCAAUCUCCCUCGGCCUGGGGCUCCAUGCAAGAGCUCACCUCGUGGAGUUGCAAUGAUCAUGAGAACGGUGAGGAAUCAGCCCAGAACUACACGGGAGGAUCUUGUCAAUGAUCUCAAGGCAGCUGGGACCAUAGUCACCAAGAAAACAAUUGGUAACACAAAACGCCGUGAAGGACUGAAAUCCUGCAGUGCCCGCAAGGUCCCUCUGCUCAAGAAAGCACAUAUACAUGCCCGUCUGAAGUUUGCCAAUGAACAUCUGAAUGAUUCAGAGGAGAACUGGGUAAAAGUGUUGUGGUCAGAUGAGACCAAAAUGGAGCUCUUUGGCAUCAACUCAACUCGCCAUGUUUGGAGGAGAAGGAAUGCUGCCUAUGACCCCAAGAACACCAUCCCCACCGUCAAACAUGGAGGUGGAAACAUUAAGCUUUGGGAGUGUUUUUCUGCUAAGGGGACAGGACAACUACACCGCAUCAAAGGGACGAUGGACGGGGCCAUGUAUCGUCAAAUCUUGGGUGAGAACCAUUGAAAAUGGGUCGUGGAUGGGUAUUCCAGCAUGACAAUGACCCAAAACACACGGCCAAGGCAACAAAGGAGUGGCUCAAGAAGAAGCACAUUAAGUUCCUGGAGUGGCCUAGCCAGUUUCCAGACCUUAAUCCCAUAGAAAAUCUGUGGAGGGAGCUGAAGGUUCGAGUUGCCAAACGUCAGCCUCAAAACAUUAAUUUGGAGAUCUGCAAAGAGGAGUGGGACAAAAUCCCUCCUGAGAUGUGUGCAAACCUGGUGGCCAACUACAAGAAACGUCUGACCUCUGUGAUUGCCAACAAGGGUUUUGCCACCAAGUACUUAGUCAUGUUUUGCAGAGGGGUCAAAUACUUAUUUCCCUCAUUAAAAUGCAAAUCAAUUUAUAACAAUUUUGACAUGUGUUUUUCUGGAUUUUUUUGUUGUUAUUCUGUCUCUCACUGUUCAAAUAAACCUACCAUUAAAAUUAUAGACUGAUCAUUUCUUUGUCAGUGGGCAAACAUACAAAAUCAGCAGGGGAUCAAAUACUUUUUUCCCUCACUGUACAUUGUUACAGUUGUUGGUUAGCUAGCUAGCAAAUUUGAGCCAUAUUAGCAUUGACAUGACAUCAGUCAAAAGACCUCAAAACAAGACAUGGUAUCAAGAACAAGAUGAAACGUGCUUAAACGAGCCACCUAUGAUUCCCCACAUGGCAGCAGCUUGUCAUUGUUGCUAGCUAUCUGGCCAUCCAGAAUCACAACAACACACUGACUUCUGCCCCAUUGAAGCGUGCACGUUUUCGUGACGUUGUCAGCUAAUCCAUCUAUCGUUGCUGGGUUGUUGAGAUACGACCCAGCGGGUCAGAUCAGAAGACUGGAGUCGUAGUUUAGUAGGGGUGUGGCAUUCAGAUAGUUUUUUUUAGCCACCCCAUGAGAUUAAAUGUUAUUCCUGUUCUGUUGCAUAGUUAUCACAUGUUAAGGUUAAAGAUUAACAUUUCUGUAGCCUCAAUGACGCUUACAGAAAUGUAUGAGUUUCCUAAAAACUCAUGAAAAUCCACUUGUUGGGAUACAAUUAAGCAAUAAGGUAUAUCAAUAAUUAGAUUUUUUUCUUUAAGGAAUUUUUUUAUUGACUUAUUAACAGACUAAUGUACAUUUACACAUUAUAAAUAAGCGGUGUCAACAAAUGUCGGCACGUGCAUGUCCAAACCAGCAAGUCUGUGGAGGUCUGCAGGGCUUCAAUGUCGUUGGGGGGGUGAGCCAGAGCCAGAGCUUGGUGGAGUCGCGUAUUGAAAAGGGGUUCUGACUCCCCCUGUACAGCGCCAGUGUUCUUGGCAAGACCUCCCCUGCUGGCAGGCACAGGAUACUGAGGGGGGGCUUCCUUGCAUUGGUCUCUAGUGGCAGUGGUCUCCGACUGUAGUCCCGGACACACCACAGCCACUGGUCGGGAGGGGCUCUUGGGUGGCCAUCCAGGAUGUAUCUCUGCACCGGCUUGGCCGAGCAGGAUGGACCAAACUGUGCAAGAUGUUGGCGCAAUGUACCCAUUUAUGCCCAACCCUACACAGAGGAUCAAGAAGGAGCUGUUUGACAAGGCCACAUUUGAACACGCACAUAUCACAACAAAUACUCUGGUUUUCAAAGUAAAAAAUUGAUUGCGCUCAGGUGUGUGACCCCCGGACAACACUGCAUUUUCCCCCUCUGGCUGCCUGCCAGAGGUAAGGAUUAGUGAUUGGGUUAGGCGAUGCCCCUUCCCUUCCCCCAACAACACAGCCUGGAGCCCAGUCCAUUAGAAAGCCGCAUCACAAUGCUCCAACCACCAGGUGGUGCAAGGAUCUCUCCCUCCAUCAUCUUCUUUGCCUGUAGUAGCAUCAAACACAAAGGAGAGAGAAAAACAUGACAAACGUCAAUAAUACAUUUUCAAGUGUCAUGAUCAGGGUCAGGGUUAGAAUCAGGGUUAGGGCCAGGGUUAGAAUCAGGGUUAGGGCCAGGGUUAGAAUCAGGGUUAGGGCCAGGGUUAGAAUCAGGGUUAGAAUCAUGGUUAGGGCCAGGGUUAGAAUCAAGAUUAGGGUCAUGGUUAGGAUCAGGGUUAGGGUCAUGGUUAGAAUCAGGGUUAUGGCCAGGGUUAGGAUCAGGGUUAGGGCCAGGGUUAAGCGACGCCCAUUCCCAUUCCCCGCUCAAAAAAUGAGAUGUUAUUGGCCACCCAUGAGAGUAAAUGUCCUUAUAUAUAUAAUAUAUAAAAUAUUACUCUCAUGGGUGGCUAAUAACAUCCAGCUGAAAGCCAAGUCCCUAAUAAGCCACGCCUCCUGAAAAUAACCUAAGGAUGACGUUAAAAAAGACCCAGCUUCUAGGUCAACCAAGCAUGAGAGUAAAAAAUACCCAACUGAUGGUCCUGUGUAGCUCAGGUGGUAGAGCAUGGCAUUUGCAACGCCAGGGUUGUGGGUUUGAUUCCCACAGGGGGCCAGUAUGGAAAAAAAAAUGUAUGCACUCACUAACUGUAAGUCGCUCUGGAUAAGAGCAUCUGAUAAAUGACUAAAAUGUAAAAUGAUGGUUACAAUAACCCAUGUUUGGGUAAUCCCAACAACCCAACUUGUUGGUGUAUUCAAGCAACCUAACUGGCUGGGUCGAAAUAACCCAAAUUGGGUUGUUUUUAGCCCAUCCUUUUUGUUUGUGGGGUACAUCCUAAAUGGCACCAUAUUCCCUAUGUAGUGCACUACUUUUGACCAGAAUCCUAUGGGCCCUGUUCAAAAGUAGUGCACUACAUAGGUAAUAGGGUACCAUUUGGGACGCAGAUCUCUGACUGUGUUUGGUCAUAAGACUGAAGGUGAUCUCAGCGCUUACAGACAGUUGACUUUCUGAUGUCAUCUCAUCAGACAGCUGGGCCUCAGUAUGUCACAGGGUAUUUUCAGUGAUGUGUGUGUGUGUGUUUGGAUUGAAAUGGAGAGAUGUGUCAUCCGGUGCUUUUGGGGGAUGUGAGUGCAUGUCUCUCUGGCACAUCAUCAGGUACUUUCUGAGUGUGAGUGUGUAUGAGGGCACGGUAUAUGUGUGUGUGCUUGGUGGGUUUUUCCAUAGUGACAGCACCCCGGGGACAACAGACUCAAUGGUCGGCCACAUCAUCCCGUGUUUGUUGCCAUAGCAACGUUAACUCUGAAGGCCAGGUGACCAGCGACGGUGACAGGGAGAUUGUGUGUUAUCAGUGGUGACUAAGAACACAGCACAGGACCACUGUAAACCUUUGGACAGCCCAGUGGUGUGUGUGAUGAUGGGUGUUGACCCAAUGUUACUGAAACGUUAUAGCCCUCAAUAGACCCAUGCAGGCACACAAUCCUGACUUCUCAUCUCUGCUCUCUGUACCUGAGGAGAAGAAGGGGUAGAUUGUUUUGCACAAAGGCAGCAUUAUCUGGUGAACACCUGCUGGAGCUUCUCAGAAUAUCCCAUGCUGACCCUAUCCUCUCAAUAACUCUCCUGUAAUGAAAAGGGAAAUGUAACUUAAGUGACGUGUGUGUCGUGUCCCGAGUGGCGCAGUGGUCUAAGGCACUGCAUCGCAGUGCUAGCUGUGCCACUAGAGAUCCUGGUUCGAAUCCAGGCUCUGCUGUAGCCGGCCGCAACCGGGAGACCAAUGGGGCGGCGCACAAUUGGCCCAGCGUCGUCCAGGGUAGGGGAGGGAAUGGCAGGCAGGGAGGUAGCUCAGUUGAUAGAGCAUGGUGUUUGCAACGCCAGGGUUGUGGGUUCGUUUCCCACGGGGGGCCAGUAUGAAAAUAAUAAUGUAAGUCGCUCUGGAUAAGAGCGUCAGCUAAAUGACGUAAAUGUAAAUGUGUCCUGUUUAUGUAGCGUUGUCCAGGAAUACACUCCUUCCUCAGUCAGAGAGGGAGAGAGCAUGCCAACACACAACCUUCCUUCCUUCCUUCCAUCCAGUGUGUGAAUGAAGACCUUUACAUAUGGAGGAAGGGUUUUGAAUGAGGAACAUUACAGGAGUUAUUAUAUCAUAGACUCCUGCUGAAACAAAGUGUGCUAAUUGAGGAAAGAGGGACUCCCUUAGUAGUAACAAGAGCGCACUCUCUCUGUCUCUCUCUUUCUGUCUCUCUCUCUCUGUCUCUCUCUUUCUGUCUCUCUCUUUCUGUCUCUCUCUCUGUCUCUCUCUUUCUGUCUCUCUCUCUCUGUCUCUCUCUUUCUGUCUCUCUCUCUCUGUCUCUCUCUCUCUGUCUCUCUCUCUCUGUCUCUCUCUUUCUGUCUCUCUCUCUCUGUCUCUCUCUGUCUGUCUCUCUCUUUCUGUCUCUCUCUUUCUGUCUCUCUCUCUCUGUCUCUCUCUCUCUGUCUCUCUCUCUCUGUCUCUCUCUUUCGCUCUCUUUCUGUCUCUGUCUCUCUCUUUCUGUCUCUCUCUUUCUGUCUCUCUCUUUCUGUCUCUCUCUUUCUGUCUCUCUCUCUCUGUCUCUCUCUCUCUGUCUCUCUCUCUCUGUCUCUCUCUUUCUGUCUCUCUCUUUCGCUCUCUUUCUUCAUUUAUUUAUUUCUCUCUUUCUCUCUUUCUCUUCCUGUCUGCUGCAUGUGGAGAGGUGAUGUCAUCUUUCUGCCGGUUACCAUUAAUAGCUGGAUACAGGCAGGCCCUCCUCUCCUCCUCUCCUCUCUCCUCCUCUGCUCUCUCCUCCUCUGCUCUCUGGUCUUAAAGGGAAAGGCACCAGAUAUAGCCCUCUGUCUGUCUGUCUGUCUUUUGUCUGUCUGUCUGUCUGUCUGUCUGUCUUUCUGUCUAUCUGUCUGUGGGUCCGAAUACACUCUGCUCUUGCAGACUCCACCAUGAACCAUAUUCAGCCCAGCUCAGCUCUGCCGUUCAGACUCACAUCCACUAGGUUAAACUGAGGUUACAGGACCAGUUAUAUAUUACUAGCAAAGUGUUUACUUACAGCUUUGUGUGUGUGGAGUUAAAGGGUGUUGUGUUGUAGCCUGGUGUGUGUUACACUGUUAGGCUAUGUCAUGUCAUGUCCUGUGCUGUGUGUGCUAGUUUAGCAGGGUGAUGUCAUGUCUUUGAGUGUGUGUCUUUGGGUGUGUGUGUGUCUGUGGGUGUGUGUGUGUGUGUGUGUGGCAGUAGCCCAGAUAGGGUCAGGCAGGGCUGAACCUAGAUUAGGUUCUAAUCCUUCUGCUGGGGCUCAGGGUUUCCUUGAAGCACUCCUUCUUCCCCCUCUUCCCUCCCUCCUUUCCUUGCUUGGCGAGGUCAUUCGCUCUCCCCCUUUCCUCCCCUCUUUCCUCCAGCCAGAAGUUAUACAACCAUGGUAAUGCAGAGUAAUGCAGAGUAAUGCAGAGGAAUGAUGAGUGAGUGUGUGUUUGUACGUGUGUGAGUCAGACUUAGAAAGGGAGCAAAUGUGUAUUAUGUCUUUGUGUUGUUUUGCGUGCUGCUGUAUGAACGCCUGUGGUUAGUGUAUGUUUGCGUACUGCACGUCGUGUGUGAGCUGCGCGUGCAUGUGUGUGUAAGCUGUGUGUAUGCGCGCGUGUGCGUGUACUGCGCGGUUGUCAGGGGCACGUUACUGGGCCUCUGGGCUGGCCCUGCACCUGUGUCCUCUCACAUUCCCCAGCCCUGACGCAAUGCUCUGCUACAGGACAUGAGCUCAUGCAGGAAACAGAGCCACACACACACACACACACAGUCUUUAACACACGUACAUGCUGAAAGUGGAGCCGUCUGCACUUAAAGACACACAUUCCUCACCGCCCAGCAGCCAAACUGUCUCCCAGAGAGCAGCAGAGAACGAUUUCCUACUGAGCUGGGAGCAGAAACACUAACCCACAUUCUAACUCCAACUGUUAUGUAUGUACACAGUUUGAAAUGGUUCGGCCAUGUUGUUGAAACACAAGUCUGUAAUGUAAGAGGAUUCAGUGCACAGUCAGGGAGAUACUGUGUAUUAUAGAGAACAUAUGCAGCAUAACACGGAAAAUGUAACAUCAAGCAGGUUUCUGUGUUGGAGUUGUGAGUUCUGUAUGUGCAACUUAACCAUGAGCAGUGGCUCCCAAACGUUUGCUGAGUUGGGACGUGUUAUUUAUUUAGAGUAUAACUGACCUUUCCUCCUCUCUGUCUCUCUCUCUUCCUCCUUUAGGGGGCUUUGCUGCGUUCUCCUCCUGUUUCCCCGGGCUUUGUGAGGGCAAGCCAGCUCUGCCUAUGAGCAUAUCCCAGCCCUGCCUACCAGUAGCUAAUGUAGGCCCCACACGCAUCCUACCACACCUCUACCUGGGAUCACAGAAAGACGUCCUCAACAAGGUGAGCCCGUAGCAGUCAAGGGGAAGUAGAGGGAAUGUGAGAGGAAAGGAAGUACAAUAAACCAUUAGCUUUGUUGCAUUUUUCUCUGUUAUUGCCUUUUCUAACAGUCCCCUGUCUGCAUCUCUCUACGUCUGUCUGUAGGACCUGAUGGUUCAGAAUGGAAUCACAUAUGUGCUGAAUGCCAGUAACACCUGCCCCAAGCCUGACUUCAUCAGCGAGAGCCACUUCAUGCGGAUCCCUGUCAAUGACAACUACUGUGAGAAACUACUGCCCUGGCUGGAGAAAACCAAUGAAUUCAUCGGUAAGUCAUGAUUGUGUGUGUCUUUACAUGUGCAGAGAAUAUAAUAUAUACCAUUUAGAAGACGCUUUUAUCCGAAACGACUUAAACUCAUGCAUACUUAAAGGUUUUAUAUAUGGGUGGUCCCGGGAAUCGAACACACUUCCCUGGUGGUGCAAGCGCUAUGCUCUACCAACCGAGCUACAGAAUAUGCACUAGUAAUAGUAACCUGAGCAGGAGCAGUGUAUGUCACACAACAUAGUGAAACAGGCCUCAUAUUCAGUAUAUCACAAUAUCGUAAUGUAUAGCACCGUAUCACCCUCCUUGUUUUCACAAGUGGUACACUCCCAAAGCGAGGUUAAUCGUCAUGACGACGACCCCCUGUGCUGAAUAGGAAGAGGUGGUUUGUUUUCUAUGGGUGUUCCAUAGACUGGUUAGUUGUUUAGCAACAAAGCCGACGCGUGCGGAACUAUGAGUCAAAACAGACGGGGUUGGCUUAGAUUGUUACUAACAUGUAAACUAUAUUUAGUCUCCAAUGUUUAUUGAAAACAGAAAUAAAGUUGCACAAUGAGCACUUGUUUCUCAAAUACAUUGUUACAGUUGUUAGUUAGCUAGCUAGCAAAUUUGAGCCAUAUUAGCAUAGACAUGACAUCAGUCAAAACACCUCAAAACAAGACAUGGUAUCAAGAACAAGAUCAAACUAGCUGAAACGAGCCACUUACGAUUCACCACAUGACAGUUUCUUGUCAUUGUUGCUAGCUAUCUGGCUAUCCAGAACCAUAACAACCCACAGCCUUCUGCCCCUUUGAAGCACGUGCAUCGUUUUCAUGACGUUGUCAGCUAACCCGUCUAUUCUCCCAGGAGACUCUAUAUUCUAUCUAAUCCUAUUCGAUGGGCGUUCCAUUCUCCCAGGAGAUUCUCUGUUCUAUCCAAUCCUGUUCCUGGGUUUGGGUACAGCUGUGUGUGUUCACACGUGUUUGUUCCCCCCUCCCACAGACAAAGCCAAGGUGUCAAACUGCAGAGUCAUCGUGCACUGCCUGGCUGGAAUCUCACGCUCAGCAACCAUCGCCAUCGCAUACAUCAUGAAGACAAUGCGCCUGUCAUCGGAUGACGCCUACAGGUACGCUCUCUCCCCAACGCUCCCUGCCAGCUGAGUUUAAGUUGCAGCAUCUUUAAAAAGGUGACUCAGUGUUUAAGGAAACGCUAGACACUCAUCUUAACCCCCCAGUUGCCAGAGGACAAUAGGAACUAGUUGUGUUCUCUGGAGAACAUUGCCUAGGAUCAUCUUUUGUGUGGCAGUUAGAAGUUCACACCAGUUCAUUCGGGGGAUAACCUGCUACUUAAUUACAAGCAACCCAACAAUAAAUAUUAGGUUUACACAGGAAGUAGCUUAGAAUAACUUUACUAAAUAUUUGUAUUGCUUUACUUUGCAACUGGAGCCCCAACUCUAACUGGAACUAACAUUUUGCCCUCUUAUUUCCCCUUGACCAGGUUUGUGAAGGACCGACGGCCUUCGAUUUCGCCCAACUUCAACUUCCUGGGCCAGCUGCUGGAGUUUGAGAAGGGGCUGCGGCUCCUCCAGGCGCUGUCAGAUGACAAGACCUCAGAGGGCAAAGGUCAAUCCCAGGGCUCAGAGGUCAACUGGGUCAGCUCAGGGUCAGAAGUCAACGAGCCCCAGACCCCACCAGAACCGAAGCUCCCCUCGCCGACUUCUCUCCAGCAGGGCUUCAACGGCCUCCACCUGUCGGCCGAGCGCAUCCUGGACACCAACCGGCUGAAGCGCUCCUUCUCCCUGGACAUCAAGUCUGUCUACUCCCCCAGCAGCCCCCACUGCUCACGCCUGACAGCGCCCACACACUCCGAGGAUGUGCCCAAGCUGUGUAAGCUGGACAGCCCCCCUGUCAAUGAUGUCUGCCCCCAGUUCUCCCCCGUCCCAGACAGCCCCAGCUCGGCCGAGUCGCCCUUCCCUUCCCCGGGGUGCGGCGGCAGCAUCGGAGGUCUCGGCGUCGGGGGUCCCAGUGAGGGGGGCGUUCGUUCUGGAGGUCCAUCAUCGUCCAGGCCCAGGAGGAAAGCCAAGCACGGCCCUGGAUCUGGGUCCACAGCCAGUUCCCCGGUACAUCCCCAGUCCCUCAGUCUGACUCUGGGACGCUCCCUGCCCGUCCACAAGAGCCCCAGCCUGGAGGAGAACCUGAAGGGCUCCAUGCGUCUCUCCCUGCCCACCAUGGAGUCCGGGACAAUGUGGACCAAACACAGAGACACAGUCCAGGCCACCACCCCAGUCACUCCUGUCACACCCACCGCCGACGCCCCCUGGUACUUUGGGGCUGAAGAGGUAGGGGAAGGAGAGAUGGAACUAGGUGGAGACGGAGGAGGAGGGGUGGAAGUGCGAUUCGGAAGCAGUUCGGCGUACGUGGCGUUCGGGUGUAGCGAGGGGGUGCGGCUACGGGAGAAAGUGCAGCGGGACAAAACAGCAUCGUCGUCAUCAGUGCCAUUGCAGAGGGACUCCUCAAUGACCGUCGCCAACGGGACGGUCUCCAACGGCAACGAGAAGCAGUUCAAGCGACGCAGCUGUCAGAUGGAAUUUGAGGAGGGCAUCUCCGAUACGCGUUCCCGUGAGGAGCUAGGGAAGAUGGGGAAGCAGUCCAGCUUCUCUGGGAGCAUGGAGAUCAUCGAGGUGUCCUGACUAACCGCACUCCUGACCACAACCGGCCCACCCAGGG